AUGAUCUUUACAUUUGUUUUUUUAUAUAGAGAAGAAUUUAUAAAAGUAUAUGAAGAACUAUUUCAUACCAAUAAUAUCUAUGAUAUACAACAUGCUAUAGAUAGAAUACAAGCUUGGAAAAAUAGAAGUAAUAGACUACCUGUAGCUAUAGAGGCUUCAAGAGAACUAACAAUAGCUUUGUUGCUAUAUAAGGUUAACCAAGCUUCAAAUACAGUCUUUGAGAAACAAGAAGAAAUAUGUCGAGAGCUAAGUUUAGCUAUUGUAAGGUUCGUCAAUCAUAUAACUGAAGGUGGACAAACAAGAGAAUUUGCUCGUCCAAUAAUUGUCAUUGCAAAAGAGUAUGGUAUUCCAGAAUGGAUUGUCCAUUUACGUCAUGAAAUAACACACAGUUCAAUACCAGCAUUUGAUGUGUUAUUACGAGGUGUCAAUACAGCUUUACAGUGGUUACAGGAAAGAUUUUGGGAUGUACAGAUUCAAACAUCACCAUCUAAAGCUCAAAUUAUCUCAAAGAAAAAGUUUGAUAUAAAAGAGAUACUUCAGUCUUAUAUUAAACAACGUUUAAAGGCUGUUGAAGCUGGUUAUGGAAUUCAUGGUUCACAAAGUCUAUCUAAAAAUACUAUAGUAGCAUUUUCUCAAAGUGCAUACAAAAAAGAGUUAUUAUGUUGCUUAUGUGAUGUUGGUGGUUUAAUACCUACAGAUAAACAAUUACAGAUAUUUGAUAUUAAAUCUCAAGAUUUAGUCCAUACUACAGAUCUGUCAUUACCUAGUAUACUAGUACUAUUUUGGACACCAGUAUUAAAACUGAUAAAAACACUAGGCUAUGGAGUUGAUUUGAUAUGUGAUUUGAUUAGGAAUAUUAAAAAUUCAAAUAUAUUACAAACAAGACUAAUCUGUGGAUGGAUUUAUCAGUUAACUUUUAAAAUUGAAAAUUGUACUAAGAAGAGUAUACAUAUGUGUUUAUUACCUACAGAGACAUCUUGUAUGGUACUGGGCCGAAUAAUGCACAAACCAACAGUAUACACACCACUCCUUGUACAUCAUUUUAACCAACAGCAUCCAUUGAAUAUAAAUGUAGAAAAGAAGCUCCUAGAUGUACUACAAAUGUAUCAUUCAAUUGAUGAUGAUGAUGAUGUUACUGAUGAUUUGAUGGACUGUGGAAGUAUAGUUGCUUCUGAUGAUGACACUUUGCUAAAGGAUGUACAUCAUAUUCAAGAUAUUGUAACCAGUCAAACUAAACACACUGGAUAUUGGAAGCUUCAUAACAGUGAUAUUGAUUGGUCAUCAGUACCAUUAGGAUGUCUACCUGGUCAACUAUUAGACUGUGAUGAUUUAGAGAUAACUGUAGACACUCAUGGUACCAUCAAUUCUCAGCUUCCCAGCUACCAGCCUGAACAAACUACAUCAUCAGAUCAUACAGGUUCAUCAGAGUUUACAAGACUCAAACAGAACAGGACAGAAAAAAGAUUUACAGCAGAACAAGAAAAUUAUAUGAAAAAUAAAAUAAACAGUUUUAUAACUUGAAUUUUAAGUUAUGUUUCUCUUUUGAGUGGGAUUAUGCAUGAAGCUGAUGUAUAAAUAUAUGGCUGAAAAACUGGAUUCUAUGUAAAAUGUUUUUGCCCCCCUGUAGCUUCAGGCCUGUCUGUUUUCCACAGUGCAGUUGAAAGGACAGUCAGCUGUGCUAAGGAAUCUACAGUCUGUAGCAAAUAAAGACCUCAAAUUUUCUCAAUACUUUUUUAUGUCAGCCUGUAGCACUCAUUAGGUAAAUAUGAAGGGACUUUGAAACACCUAACAUCUAUGUGGUAAUUUCCAAAUGUAAUGAUAUUUUUAUUCAAUAAUGUCCAUUGAUUAAAACACACAACGUAGUGAAUUAACAAGCUAACUAUAGUAAAUCAAACAAUAUGUUUGUGCAUAAGAUAUGUGUUAAUAGCAAAACAAUAUAUUACAAAAGCCAUCAUCAUUACAGCAAGUUUCUUUCUUUAUGACAAAUUUCAUAAGGGUUUGCAUAAUGUUAAACAUUAAGAUCUUUCAAUUAGAUAUUCUGAAUAAAAGACUCAUAUACUUAAAAGAAAAUCCAAUGUUGUACUAUUCUACCAUGAAAUUUGUCAUAUACGUAAGAGAACUUUGUAUGAAGAUGUGAAAAUUAAAGCAUACAUAGUAUGUGACAUUAUUUAUAGCAAAAUAUAAAUCUAUAUAUAUAUAUAUAUUUCAGGUCAGGUCCCAUAUUCCAAACAAUCUUCAGUCAAUUUUUUUGUUGGAUUAAGUGCAGUAAAUGAAUUAUACUUUCUGUUCAAAUUUCCAUCAUAAGAUUAUUUAAGGCAAAAUAGCCUGGGCAUUUCCGACUUAGUAGCAUAAAUAUUAUUUAAUUUACCUAUUUCAAUGAAACAUUAAAGCUGUUCAAACAAUUAUUAGUCCAACUUUGAGUAAUAGUUGUAGAUGGAUUCCAUAGUGAAAAUGUCAUGAACUUACUUAUCACAGAAACACCCCGUAAUGGCAUCGAAGUAAAUUUCAUCAAAUCAAAUUUAUCUCAAAAUUGUAUCAUAUCUUUUUGUAACAAAUUUUCCUGUCUGUAAUUUUUAGAUUGAUGCUACAUUAUAUUUAAAUUACCUUACUUAUGAUACCGAGGAAAUAUUUCAACAAUUUUUACAUGUUAUAAGGAAGGCUUUUUAAGUUCAACAUUCAAUUUUCAAUAAUUUCCCUAUUUCUUUCCAUGCCAUUGAUGCAAUAAACAUUUUACUGUUUAACUUUGGCUUUCUGACAUAUUUCAAAUUGCACAUUUUUAAAAACAAACACAAUAUCAAAUUAAACAUGAUACAGAAAAAUAUUCGCUGUGUGCAACUUGGAAACUGUUUUGUUAUUUCC